AUGUUCAUCAAGAGCUUCAUCGUCGCCUCUCUCCUCUUCACCACCUCCACCCUCGCCAACCCCAUGGCCGCCCUCCACCGCCGCCAAGCCUCCGACACAACCUCCGCAACCCUCACCUCCAUAACCGGCACAAUCGUUUCCCCCGCUGGCCCAACCCAACUCUCCUCCCUCGUCUCCGCAUUCUCCUCUCAAUCCCAAUCCGCCGCCUCAGGCUCUGGGUCGGCAAGUGAUCUGGGAUCGAUCGUGAGUAGUUUGUAUUUGAUUGCGGUUAAUACGACGGGGACGAUUACGCCGCUUGGGACUACGGCGACGGGGAUCCCGGAGUAUUGUACGGGGGUUGUGAGUAUUUAUGCUUUCUUGUCGGGGGCGGCGAGUUCGUGCCAGAAUGCCUCGACCACUGCUACCUCCGGGUCUGCUUCUGCUGCCUCUGCCUCUGCCUCGGCUUCGGCUUCGGCUUCAGCUUCCGCUUCGGCUGCACCGUCCAACAACUCCUGCGCCCUCAUCGAUGAAUACUUCACCGCAGCCGAACUCGCCCUCGACGCCUGUACCAACCCCUCUGCUUUCCCGUCCGGUAUCGCAACCUCGUACCUCGGCAUAUUCUGGACGAGCGCGUGUGCGAUCUUGGGGGGUGGAGGGAAUGUUAGUGUUAUGACGGGUAGUCCGGAUGGGUUUAGUUAUAGUUGUGCAGCGUUGACGGUGUUGGGGAGUGCGCCGGCGAGUGCGAGUGCGAGUGCGAGUGCUACAUCGGGUUCGGCUGCGGCGAGUUCGGCUGCGGCGAGUACGACGUGA